AUGAAGCAGACACUGGAGAGGAAGGACAAUGAACUCACGGGAGCGCGGAAGGUGGCCCGAGAGAAGACUGAAGCCGCUGAGAGAAAGCUGGCUUCAGUCGGUAAGCUUGAGGAGGAAAAUGCCACUCUGAAGACUGUUGUUGAUGAGGUGAAAAAGGAAGCUGCACAGCUGAGGGAGGAGAAAGUUGUCUUGGUUGACAAGGUCGAACAGCUCACUCAGAAGAGGGACGAGCUGGAGGAUUACUUGAGGGCCUUGCCAAGAAGAUGUGCAUCAUGCUUGAAGAAUUUCGAGCAGCAAACUGAACGAAUUGAACCAGGCCUUGACCCCACAAAGUCGCUUGUCAAAGAUGAAGCUGCAAUGAAUGUACUGCGACUUGAGGCUCGACUCGACAACAUCUUGGGGUAUAUUGCUCGACUGAAGGCGUGGAAGAAAUCAGCUACUUGCUGUGGAGCCGACGUGGCUCUCUCACUCGUUAGAGUCCAUUGCAAGGAUGAAAAAGAAGAAAAGUUGAAGGCUCUCCAAGUUGCGAACGCGAAGAAGCUCCAGUUUGAAUCCUUCAUGGAGACCUUCAUUGAGGCAGCCACUCGCAUGGCCGAUGGCAUCAACCUGGACGCCUUCGUCGAGCCAGCGAGUCCUCCUCCUGCCGAGUGA